CUUUACGUCGCGUAGCGCAACGCUGUGCGUAACUCUGCAGACCAUCGAGGAGGGACUUGUAGUUACGUAAUCCCUUAGUUUUCAAGGGUGUCUCCAUGAACAAUCUGAAUGAUCCUCCUAGAUGGAAUAUUAGGCCAGACCCACAUGGAGGUGCUGAUGGAAGCAAAUGGAACUAUGCUCUUCUUGUGCCAAUGCUUGGUCUCGCUGCCUUUCGUUGGAUCUGGACUCGAGAGUCCCAGAGGCAGAUCCAGGAAAUUAAGGUCCAGUAUGACCGGGACAUGGCCACUCUUGCUAGGGACCUGGAGCUCAAGUACAAAGACACGCUGACGGAGAACCGCCGGACGGCUGCCCUGCUGGAGCUGGAGCUGGAGAAGGAGCGGCAGAGGGUGCAGGGCUACAGAAAGGCCCUGGUCAGUCAGAGCCAUCAGCUCCUAGAGGAGCGCAAACAGCUGCAGAAAGAGCGUGAGGAGUUGGAGAAGGAAAAGAGGCGUGCCCUGCAGUCUGGAGCUGCUGGUAUAGCCUUGAAUGGGGCUCUACAGCAGGAAGAACGGUGGCAUCAUAGAGCUACAGCUCUGCUGCAGGAGCUGGAGCUCCAGCUGGUGGAGAGACAGGAAGCCUUCUGCAGCUUGCUGGUGCCCAGGGAGCGCCGGUUGGAGAUGGAGAAGAACCUGCUGCUCAAGGUGGCCAAGCACCCCGUGGGGGCUGAGCUGGGUCUUGAGGAGGACCUCAGGGACAUAUUUAAGAAUGAUAGGCACUGUGCAGACUUGCUGAACAUGGACAAAAAGAAAAACGGCAAGCUGAUGUGGCUCUAUCUCAGGUACUGGCAGCUGCAGGUCACCCUGCAGAAGCAUAAGAGAGCAGAGGAGGCGCUAAAAGGGACGAUGGGUAAUGUCAAGUGCCCUUGAUGCUCCAGAGCAGGGUCUUCUAUGUCGGUCCAGUAGAUUUUGGUGAUCGACCGGCUCAAAAUUGAUGGAUUCAGCUCCUCAACUUGGUUUAUUUCCAGGUUAAUUGGUGUGUUAGAGUAGGGAAAUUGCAAAAUUGGGCUGGACGCCUAAAUUACAUUCUUAAAAAUAAAGGUGCCAAAAACUUUGGAGUAGUGCCUCAGAGCGCAGGUCUUCAGAUUAGUAGUUAAAGGAAUUUGAAUUUAAACAACUUUUUACCACGUUCACCCAAUGUUUUCUCUUAUCCCAGAUGUAUUUGGAGUACAAACUUAGCUUCUUUUGUUUUGAACUGGAGCACCGAGGCUAACAUGACUAACAAAUACUACAACUCAGUAGUCACCCAAAAUACCCAAAUCUUUUCUGUAAAUAUACAUCCCCAAAACGUCUCUUAACCCGCUCAAACGACAUCUAGGACUUCGUUAAGAUCGUGCAAAUCUGUCGAUGUGGUUUAGAACACGGUAUGAUUUACUGUGAGCUAUAAAACUCAACAAAACUUAAUUGAUACAGGCAACACCAGGGCUGGUACUCAUAAAUCAGGACUGGUCUUGGAUCGGAUUCCUCUAUAUCAGAGGUUCUCAACCUUUUACACCUUAAGCCCCACUUGUUUAUCACUAGAAAUCAUGAAGGACCACAAAAUAACCCAAUAUAACUCAACAUUUUGGCUUAAAAAUAAGACUUUUGGGGAAUUUUCAACACCGUGAUCUGUGGGGGUCUUCUCCUGCAAUAUGUGAUGAUAUUCUGUGUUCACUAAUACACUAUUGGUGUGGUGGAUAAUUGGAAGGUCGGGUGUUUCUAGAGGCAAAGGGCAAAAAAUUGAUGAAGCUGCCAUUGUGCACUGUUACUGCAGGGCUUGUAUUAAUGUUGUUAGCUGUCUGAAAACAUUUUAGAUUCCUUUUUUUAUUGUUAAGUCAAUGAUUUUUUUUUUUUUCCACUGAUUUUUAUGAUAAAAUACCAUCACAGGCCCACUAUGGACCAUUAUAUAUAGGUCAGUAUAGGUCCAGUGGUUGAGAAACACUGCUCUGUAUCAUGGUCAUUGUCUCAAAUACCGAUCCUAAACCAGCUCUCCUCAACUACUCCUGAGGUAGUUUGUGAGAACAGACAAUAUGGUCUAAAUUUUUCUUCAUUUAAGCCACAUUUUCAAGUCUAACUGAAGACCUGAAUGUAGUUUUAAUGGGCUAAAGGACAUUUUGGUGAUUGUAUUUUUACAGAAACUAUUUGGGUUAUCUGAGUGACUAUUGGUUUCUACUGUUUGUUAGCUAUGUUAGCCUUUCCGCUCAAGCUCUAAACUAAAGGAGUGAAGUUUGGAGAUGUCUCAGCUGAUCUUAGACUGGAUCUGAGGAAAGGAAAAUUGUGUAAAUUAGAUUUUUUGCAGAGCCAUUCUUGAGCUGUUGAUGUAGCUGACUGGUGUCACCUAAUGACAAAGUCCAGGACUGAAAACGUGGAUUCCAGGUUUGGUUUUGAAGACUUCAGUGACCACUUGUGGCAUCCUAACCUUAAUUGAGUGUGUUAAAUAAAGUUUUAUUUAAAGAACCAUCCAAUGAAAGGUUCUUUAAGAAAUCAGUUGUCCUUCGAUAACGUCGCUCCAAACACCCUUUUGGCAGCUUUGUUUUUAAGAGUGUAACAGUGGUUUCCAAGCCUGGUCCUGGAGAGCUACUGUCCAUAGUUUAGUUCCUUACUGUAUCCAAUUAUCUAUCUAACUCCUUACUUUAACUCAAAAACAUCUGAUCCAGCCAAUCACAGACUUGGGAAGAGGUUGAUUAGCUGGAGCAAGUGUGGCAAUUUGCGGUUGGAACUAGGCUCUGCAGGAAGGUGGCACACCAGGACCAGGAUUGGAGGCCAGUGGUGUAAAAGGUGAUAGGAAAAGUUACUGCUUGUCUUCUAACACAUUACAUAACAACUGGACGUUGCAGGCCACAUGGAUUUGCAGUGCUCUGGAUUUGGUUUGCUUUUGUUUUCUUGUAGGAUGUAUUUAUGAAAUGGGAAAUAUGUGGGAUGGGAGCUCCUGAACCUACUGACAAUCAUAUAGAAUAACAACACUUCCAUAUUCAUCUCAUGAAAAAUUGACCCCUUUGAGCAUGUGCUGUUCAGUUCAGAGAGCAUGAGCUUACUGUAUCUGCUUUAGCUGAACCAUUGUGUCCUUACAGAGAUAAAUAAUUGUAAAGUUUCAUCAUGAAUUAAAGUGUAAUAUUAAAACUGCACUAUUUGAAAUAAAA